AUGUUGCAUAUUGUGUUAGAAUAUAAAGAACAAGUAAAUAUUUUAGAAGCUAUAGUUAAGGACAAAGAUAAGGAAGUAUCUGAAGCAUUAGAAUUAUUAAAUAAAGCUAAAUUAUCUAAUUAUGAUAGAAAACACAAGACUGAACCAUUCGAUGAAGGAAAAUUGGAUCAAAUUACAAAAAAUGUAAAUAUUUUAUUACUAGUUAAUUCUGUUUAUUCUAUUCCCUUAACUGUCAAAAACAAAUUAUUAACAAAAUCAAUUUUAAAGAAAAUACUGCACACAAAAGAUCGCGAUAUGUUUGACCUAAAUCGAAUUUUUUCUGAUUCAAAGACUUGUUUAUCUUUAAAGAAUGCUACUGAAAAAACUAUUUCACAAACAUUCAUAAAUCAGGAUGUUAGUCAAUUAGUGGAUUUGGAUUCUUCAUUUUUCUCUACUAAACGAACCCAAAGUCUGUCUGCUCCUCCUAAUACUGAGGCCAAUUCAGGUAGUGAUGAAGAUGAUUUAGCUGUAUGGGAAUUCGUUGAGUCAUCACAAACACCUUCACAAAAUGAAACAUCCGAUAUAAAAGUGGGAUCGGAAUUUAAAGAAAUCGACCUUUUGGGACGUGAAUUAGAAAAACGCGAACAGCUUAAAGAGAUGAUAAAAAAGGAUGGUAUUAAAAGAAGGAAAAAAAAAGUGUGGUAA